CUCAAGUCUCAGAUCCUGCAACUAGUGUCUCGCAUCCUUUUCCCUUCUAGCUGCACUUUGUUGGGGGCCGGAUUCCAAGCCACGCAAACACCAUCAGGGGAUGUCAUGAACUCGCGCUGAGCGCCAAGAGAAACGUGGUAAGCGGAUCCGAGCCUGUGAGUCUUUCAGCCUUUGAGCCGCUGGGUCUCUGGAUUCCUGCUGCAGAGCUAAGGCUGCCUGCUCGUCGUCGGUUGCGAAACCCGUUCCUUCGUGGGGGGGGCAGUGAGCGGCGUCAUUCCAGGCAGACACAGCAACCCAAAACACACACCACAACAAAACAAACCCCCAAGUUAAACAAAUAUCAAUCUUCCCAGUAGGUAGGUAGGCACUGUUUAGUGCGCGAUGAACGGGUGAUUGACUGUCUUUCAAUCUCUGUUUGCUUGCAUCUGCCUUUCCUCCAAGAUCUGGAAAACCAUGGCGAGAUCUUGCACGAUCGAGGUCGAAAACCACUUCGGGCCCAUCGUCGGAACCGCCUGUUAUGGGGGGCUGGACUUCACCUUGUACUUUGAGGAGGCCUUUCUUUCUAUCUUCCCCGCUGCGACGGUGAUCUUAGCUGCAGUCCUGCGGUGUCUUGUGGUUCGUAGUCUCAGCGUCAAGGUCCGGGGAGGCUGGUUGUACCCCGUGAAGCUGCUGUGUCUCGCACUCUACUCCAUCUCGCAGCUGCUGCUCUUCGCCUUCUGGGUUAAGUCUGGCACACCGACGACCGACCUCACCCUUGCUGCCACCUUGCUCCGGUUUCUGGCAACGCUCUUCUGUGGCUAUCUGUCGCUGCUGGAGCACUAUCGAGCGGUCCGGCCCUCGAAGAUCCUCAAUCUCUAUUUUCUUCUCUCGUUGCUCUUCGACAUCCCUCAGGCUCGCACGAUAUGGAUUGUCCAGGGUCUGCACACGGUCGCCGGCAUCUUCGUCGCCGGCAUGGCUGUCAAGGCUCUGGUGUUGAUCCUCGAGAUAUGGGAAAAGAAGCGCCUCGCCAAACCCAUGUACGCCACCCCAGCGCCCGAGGACUGGACAGGCGUCAUCAACCGCAGCCUCUUCUGGUGGUUCAAUCCACUAUUGAUCCGCGGCGCGCGCAAUGCGCUUUCAAUGGGCGAUCUAUUCCACCUCGAGGACUGCAUGAUCCCGGACCCAGAGGGAAAGCACCGACUAGCUCUGCUCUGGGAGCACUGUGAAAACAAAGAGAAGUCUGGUGCUAUGAUCGGCCCGCUGGCCAAAGCCUUCAAAUGGGACAUCCUGGCCGGAAUCAUCCCCCGUCUCUCCCAGACCGGGUUCACCUUCGCCCAACCAUUCCUGGUUCAGGCUGCCACCAAGCUUUUCGCUGACAACGAGCAGCCUUAUGCCAAAAGCAAGGGGAUCCUCCUGCUCGGCGCCUACGCGCUCGUUUAUUCCGGCAUUGCCGUCUCCACUGCGACCGCGCAACACAAGACCUACCGCUUGAUCACCAUGAUGCGGGGAGCACUGGUGGGCAUGAUCUUCGACAAGAGUACGACCAUCAAUGCGCAUCUGAACGAUGACUCGGCCGCCCUGACGCUGAUGAGUACCGACAUUGAACGGAUCACCAGCUGUGGACGCUAUUUGCAUGAUACAUGGGCGAGUCUGAUUGAGAUUGCUAUCUCGUUGUACUUGUUGUAUAAUCAGCUCAGCACAGCGGGAGUGGCGCCGAUCAUUAUUGCUUUUGCUUGCACGGUGGUUGCCAUGAAGAUCGCUAUGGUGGCCGGCGAGCGGCAGAACCUGUGGAUUGAAGCCAUUCAGAAGCGAGUGUCUGUCACAGCCGAGAUGCUAGGCUCGAUGAAGGGAGUCAAGAUCUCGGGGCUGAAAGACCUGCUUCAUAACAAAAUCCAGGGAUUGCGUGAAGACGAGAUUCUUGCCUCACUGAAGUUUCGGACGCUUUUGAUUUGUGUUGUUGCGCUCUCCAACUUCAACACACUCAUCACCCCGGUGGUGACGUUCACCAUCUAUGCGAUGGGCUCGCGCGAUGGAAAGGCGGGGUAUCUCGAUAGUGAACGAGCCCUGACUUGCUUGACCCUGUUCAACCUCUUCUCCGUGUUCAUCGGCGCGCUGGUAGAGUCCAUCAGUGACACGGCCAUGGCACUCGAGUGCGUCGACCGCAUUCGGGAUUACUUGGCCAAGGAUCCACAUGAGGAUCUGCGAGAGGUCGUCCGAUCUCCGGAACGAUUGGACGACAAGUCUCCAUGCAUCGAAGCAAUUAAUGUCGACAUAGGAUGGACAGGAGGCGAAGCUCCUGUUCUGCACGGCCUCUUUUACCGGAUUGAACGCUCAACCUUGACAAUGAUCGUGGGUGCGGUUGGCUGCGGAAAGACCACUCUCGUCAAGGCGAUGCUUGGCGAGGUGAACUGCAUGACUGGUAAAAUGCGAGUCAACUGCGACCGGAUGGCGUACUGUGGACAGGAAGCGUGGUUGACCAACGGUACGGUGCAGGAGAACAUUCUGGGUGGUGCAGCCUACGACCCGCAGUGGUACUCAACAGUCAUUGCGGCUUGUGGCCUUGAGAAAGACUUCACGGAGCUGGGUAACGGUGAUCAGACCGCGGUUGGCAGUAAGGGUGUUUCGUUGAGUGGUGGACAAAAGCAAAGAUUGGCACUCGCUCGAGCUCUCUACUCGGGAGUCGAAACCAUCCUGAUGGACGACGCCCUUAGCGGGCUCGAUCCCGUCACCGACGAACACAUCUUUACUCAUGUCCUAGGUCCGCGCGGACUGGCCAGAACGCAGGGUUUGACCGUCAUCAUGGUCACGCAUGCAGUUCACCGACUCCCAUACGCCGACCACAUCAUCGCCCUCAAAGCCGACGGCACCAUCCUCGUUCAAGGCACGUUCGAAGAUUGCUGCAAAAAGCUCGACCACAUCCAGGGCUUCGCCAUCGCCAAGCCCCCUGCCAUCCAGAUGAAAAGUGAGAUGCCCAAGGCCGUGGAGAAAGCCAGUCCCCCCUACUCCAAGGAGGCGAUCUCGGACGCGCGCAAGACCAGUGACUUGCAAACGUACAUCUAUUACCUCACGACUGUGCCGUGGUAUAACUGGUUGGUGUAUUUCGGCUUCAUGGCGGUGUUCGUAUUCUUCCAGGCCUUCCCGUCCGUCUGGGUGACCUGGUGGGCCCGCGAUAACGACGAACGGCCCAACAAGAACUUGAGCAUGCGUAUCGGGGUGUAUUGGCUAUUUGGUGUGCUCGGCGGCUGCUUUCUGCUGGCCACGGCAUGGUUCUACAUGCUCAAGAUCGUCGCCAAGACCGCCUCGGUCAUCCAUUCGAGGCUCCUGCGGACGGUGCUCAACGCUCCCAUGGCCUUCUUCGCCACGACAGACUCGGGUAUCACCAUCAACCGGUUCAGUCAGGACCUGGAGCUCAUCGACAUGGAACUGCCCUUGGCAGUACUUCAAACGUGCCUGGCGCUCUUUUUGUGCGUGGCCCAGCUGAUCAUCAUCGCUGUCUCCGCGAAAUACAUCACGGCGACGAUUCCUCUCUGCAUCUUCGUCUACUGCAUUAUCGGCACCUUCUACAUCCGUACCUCGCGCCAGCUUCGUAUCAUGGACAUCGAAGCAAAAUCCCCGCUCUUCUCCAAUUUCAUGGAGCUGCUCAACGGGCUCGUGACCAUCCGCGCCUUUAACUGGGAGGAGCAGUAUAAGGUCCGCAACCGAGCGCUGCUGGCCGAGUCCCAGCGCCCGUUCUAUCUUCUGUAUACGGUUCAACGCUGGCUGAGUCUCGUGCUCGACAUGACCGUGACUGGAUUUGUGGUCGUGCUCAUGGGUAUCGCCGUGGGGACGAUGCAGAGUACAGACGCGAGUUUCUUAGGUCUGGCGCUGGUGAAUGUCGUGUCGUUGAGUGCCAGCGUCAAAGCGCUGAUUACGGAUUGGACGGUGCUGGAGACGAGUUUGGGGGCUGUAACGAGAGUGAAGCAUUUUGCGGAGACGACCGAAUCGGAAGAGGCGGCUGAGGAGAGGGAUCUUCCGCCGGACGAUUGGACCGGCGGGGGCACAAUUGAAUAUAGAAAUGUCUCGGCUUUCUAUCGGGACCCGUCAGCGCCAGUCUUGAAGAAUGUCUCAUUCUAUGUGCGGAAAGGAGAGAAGGUGGCCAUUUGUGGGCGCAGUGGCAGCGGUAAGAGUACCCUUGUCUCCGCGCUAUUCCGCAUGAUUGAACUCUGCGACGGCUGUAUUGUCGUUGACGGGGUGGACAUCGCGACGCUGCCCCGGCAAGAGAUCCGCUCUGCAAUCAUCGGUCUUCCGCAGGAUCCCCUGCUCUUAGAAGACAGCACUGUCCGCGAGAACGUCGAUCCCUUUGACUACUCCCCAGACGAGGCGGUGAUCAACACGCUCAAGCGCGUCGGCCUAUGGGAGAUCAUCGAAGGUAAAGGCGGGCUCGACACCGUGGCCAGCGGCGAACUCUUCUCGCACGGACAGCGGCAGUUGCUCUGCAUGGCCAAGGCUAUGCUCCGCCACGGCAAUAUCAUUGUCUUCGACGAGGCGACGAGCGGAGUCGACCCGGACACUGACGAGAUGAUGCAAGAGCUCAUCCGCUCCUGCUUUGCCGACUACACCGUCGUCACCGUGACCCACCGUCUGGAUACCAUUAUCGACUACGACCGUGUCCUUGUCAUGGACAAUGGCGUUCUCCUGGAGAGUGACCAGCCACGAGAGCUCCUCGCUCGGCCCUCGAUAUUCCGUGAACUGUACAAAUCCUCCCGCGGAUGGGAAGAGUACGAGCGUCAAGAACGGGCUGAAGCUGAAGCCCGCGAGCGUGAGCGGCUGGAGAAGGAGCAGGAGCAGCGGGUCGAAGCUGAGCAAAUUCGCGACCAACUUCGGGGCCGCUCCAAGCGCUUGUCGUACAUUGAUACGGAUGUGGUCAGUGAGAAGGACGAGCCCGAGACGUUCAACGCGAUCCGUGAGCACUGGAGCGCGGUCAACCAGUUGUUUGAGAAUAUCAUUCCUCGGGCUGUACCGCGCAACCGCAGCCGAAGUCGCGACAGUGCAGAUCGUGAGAGCAAGCGUUACAGUAACCCAGAGCCGACGACGCCUGGUGGCGCCGUCAGUGGAAGGGAUCGGAGGAGCUUGACUGGGUUGGCUGCGAGAGGUCGUUUCUAUGGUGAUGGUCACAUUUGAGAUAUUCUUUUCUUCCUGACUCGGAGCUAGAUUGUAAUGUUGUGGUGGUUUUUCUUUUCUUCUUGUAUUUAUUGCCAGUCAGUUUUUUAGAACUGCACAAAGGUCAUUUAAGUCUGCUUUGCUCACAUAUAUAUCUGGCAUUGGUAUCUCUCCGCGACCUCCAGAGUUGAUGGGGCUGA